AUGUCUGAUAUACGUACGCUUGAUCCAGAAGUUGAGGCCAAAAUGGAGGAAAUUUCCACAAAAUUUGAACGUUAUAUAUCAAAUCAAAAAUCUCAAAUAAUUAAAUCAAAAGAAGAUUUCAAAAAUAAAUUACAACAUCUAAGGAAUGAAUAUAAAGAAUAUGGUAAAGAGUUACAAUCUCUUGCUGAAAGAGAAGUGGAAUUAAAUAAAGAACUGGCAAAAGAAGUCCAAGAUAAAAAUUCAUCAUCUUCAAGAUUAAAUGAAUUAAAAUUAAAAGAAGAAACAUUAAUUGAAGAUCGUAAAAAUUUGGAAAAACAAGUAUUGGAUCUAUCAAAUCAAGUUAAUGAAAGAAGGCAAGAAUUGAAUAAAUUGAAAAUAUCUAAAGAAAAGCAAGCUGAAAGAGAUAUACCACAAGUAUUGAUUUAUGAACAAGUAUUAAGUCUAAAGAUUGAAGGAGGUAAACAAGGUUAUUUGACAUUUAAAUUCCAUAAUAUUGAUCCUAAAAACACAGAAAGAGAAUUCCAAUUGAAUUUAAAAGUUGAUGGUUCUAAAUAUGAAGAUUUAUCAACAAUACCUGAAAUUUCACAAGAUGAUGUUAAUGAACUUUUAAUAAAAUUUAAUGAAACAAGAAAUUUAAAUAGUUUUUUGAAAAAUGCAAGACAAGCAUUCAAGAAGAUGGUUUAG